GCUGCGCCGCCGCCCACCGGGCCCGCGGCCAAGGCAGGCUGGGGUCGCGGCCGCUCCCCUGGCCGCGGGCGGCGGACAAAGGGCCAUGCCGGGCCGGGGGCUGCGGCGCGGGGCGCGCGGGAGCCGGGGGCCGCAGCGGCGCCGCUGAGCGCGGCCCGGGCGGGGCGGGACCGGCCGCGAUGCCGUGGUUCCCGGUGAAGAAGAUCCGCAAGCAGAUCAAGCUGCUGCUCCUGCUGGUGCUGCUCACCUGCGCCGCGUGGCUCACGUACGUGCACCUGAGCCUGGUGCGCCAGGGCCGCGCGCUGCGCCAGCGGCUGGGCUACGGGCGAGACGGCGAGAAGCUGAGCGGCGUGACGGACGACCGGGGCGUCCGGGCUAUGCUGUCCACGCAGAGGGUGGAGGACUCCAGCGAGAGCCGUGAGGAGGAGCAGGCUCCUGAAGGGUGGGACCCAAACAUGCUGUUUCCUGGGGGCGCUGGCAGGCCAACCCCGCUGAACCUCACCCACCAGGCGCCCCCGUGGCGGGAGGAGUACAAGGGGCAGGUGAACCUGCACGUGUUUGAGGACUGGUGUGGGGGCGCCGUGGGCCACCUGAGGAGGAACCUGCACUUCCCGCUGUUCCCUCACACUCGCACCACCGUGAAGAAGUUGGCCGUGUCCCCCAAGUGGAAGAACUACGGACUCCGGAUUUUUGGCUUCAUCCACCCGGCAAGAGAUGGAGAUGUGCAGUUCUCUGUGGCUUCGGAUGACAAUUCUGAGUUCUGGCUGAGUCCAAACGAGAGCCCAGCGGGUGCCCAGCUGGUGGCCUUUGUGGGCAAGACUGGCUCGGAGUGGACGGCUCCUGGGGAAUUCACCAAGUUCAGCUCCCAGGUGUCCAAGCCCAGGCGGCUCAUGGCCUCCCGGAGGUACUACUUCGAGCUGCUGCACAAGCAGGACGACCGAGGCUCGGACCACGUGGAAGUGGGCUGGAGAGCCUUCCUGCCUGGCCUGAAGUUCGAGGUCAUAGGCUCUGCUCACAUCUCUCUGUACACAGAUGAGUCGGCCCUGAAGAUGGACCACGUGGCCCACAUCCCCCAGUCUCCAGCCAGCCACGUGGGGGGGCGCCUGCGGCAGGAGGAGCCCAGAGCCGACAUGCUGCGGCCUGACCCCAGAGACACCUUCUUCCUCAGUGAGAGGGAGCCCGAGGGGGGUGGGCGGGUGUGCCCGGCUGGCCACAUUGUGACCACCCCUCCUGCAGCUCCUCGGGUGGAGCCUUCCAGUCUGGAGAACGUGCUGCAGCCCUGUGCCUACGCCCCCACCUACGUGGUCAAGGACUUUCCCAUCGCCAGAUACCAGGGACUGCAGUUUGUGUACCUGUCCUUCGUUUACCCCAAUGACCACACGCGCCUCACUCACAUGGAGACGGACAACAAGUGUUUCUACCGCGAGUCUCCGCUGUACCUGGAAAGGUUUGGGUUCUAUAAAUACAUGAAGAUGGACCGUGAGGAGGGGGAUGAAGACCAGGAGGAGGAGGUGCAGCGCCGAGCCUUCCUCUUUCUAAACGCCGACGGUGAGUGUCCCCAGUGCCCCAGCCCGCGUGCACCUGGGCCGAGCAGCUCACCUGCGCUUCCCGCAGACUUCCUGGACGACGAGGACGAGGGGGAGCCGCUCGACAGUCUGGAGCCCACCGAGGCGCCCCCACCACAGAGUGACCACCGAGUCCCCGCCCCGGAGACCCCCACACAGGCACUGGGGACCCCCGCCCAGGCCAGAGCCACCCCGGCCCCAUCAACGCCUCCCAGUGCCCAGGACGAGCCGGCCCGCAGGCGCUCCCGGGCGCUGAGCUGGGCCGGUCACCCCCUGCCCCUCCUCUUGGGCCGCGCCCCCCGCCCCCACACUGCUGCCCAGAAGCCGCCCGCGAAGGUGUACGUGACGCGGGUGCGGCCGAGACUGCGGGCUCCCCCAGCCCUGGCGCCGCUCAGCCCACGCGGCCCACCCUGGCCGCCUUUCCGCGGCAUCUUCUUGCGCCCCAGACCUCUGCCCAGGGUCCAGCUGCGGCCGCCCCCACGCCCUCCCCGGUCUCGAGGCCGCAGGACCGGCAGCCCUCAGGCCACAGAGCUGAGGCCCCUGGUCCGGGUGCAGGCCACCCAGGGAAGCCGUGAGGGCCAGGCACGCGUGCUGGGACUCGCAGCACCCACGGCGGACUUGAACUCGUCGUCCGAAGCGCGGCCUGUGACCUCCUUCCUGAGCUUGUCUCAAGUGUCCCGGCCACAGCUGCCUGGGGACGGCGAGGAGGAGGAGGAAGGGGACGAUGAUGGGGCCCCUGGCGACGAGGCUGCAUCAGAGGACAGCGAGGAGGCAGCCGGCCCGGCACUGGGCCGCUGGCGCGAGGACGCCAUCAACUGGCAGCGCACGUUCAGCGUGGGCACGAUGGACUUCGAGCUGCUGCGCUCCGACUGGAAUGACCUGCGCUGCAACGUGUCUGGGAACCUGCAGCUGCCGGAGGCCGAGGCCGUGGACGUGGUGGCUCAGUACAUGGAGCGGCUCAACGCUCGCCACGGCGGGCGCUUCGCCCUCCUGCGCAUCGUGAACGUGGAGAAGCGCCGCGACUCCGCGCGCGGGAGCCGCUUCCUCCUGGAGCUGGAGUUGCAGGAGCGCGGGGGCGGCCGCCGGCGCCUGUCCGAGUACGUCUUCCUGCGGCUGCCGGGAGCGCGCGCCGCGGACGGGGACGGGGACGGGGACGCAGAGAGUCCCGAGCCCGCUCCCGCCGCCUCCGCGCGCCCCGACGGCCGCCCGGAGCUCUGCCGGCCGCUGCGCCUGGCCUGGCGUCAGGACGUGAUGGUACACUUCAUUGUGCCAGUGAAGAACCAGGCGCGCUGGGUGGCACAGUUCCUGGCGGACAUGGCCGCACUGCACGCCCACACGGGGGACUCGAACUUCAGCGUCAUCCUGGUGGACUUUGAGAGCGAGGACAUGGACGUGGAGCGGGCCCUGCGCGCGGCGCGGCUGCCCCGGUACCAAUACCUGAGGCGAACUGGAAACUUUGAGCGCUCCGCGGGCCUGCAGGCUGGAGUGGAUGCAGUGGAGGAUGCCAGCAGCAUCGUUUUCCUGUGCGACCUGCACAUCUACUUCCCCCCCAACAUCCUGGAUGGCAUCCGCAAGCACUGUGUGGAGGGCAAGCUGGCCUUCGCGCCUGUGGUCAUGCGCCUGGGCUGUGGGAGCUCACCGGGGGACCCGCACGGGUACUGGGAGGUGAAUGGCUUUGGCCUCUUUGGGAUCUACAAGUCAGACUUUGACCGCGUUGGAGGCAUGAACACUGAGGAGUUCCGCGACCAGUGGGGAGGCGAGGACUGGGAGCUCCUGGACAGGGUCCUGCAGGCAGGGCUGGAGGUGGAGCGCCUCCGACUGCGGAACUUCUACCACCACUACCACUCCAAGCGGGGCAUGUGGGGCACACGCAGCCGGAAGGGCUCCCGCAUGGAGCGACCGUGAAGACGAGGCCACCCCCCAGCCCUGGCCACAGUCCUGCAGUGGCAGCAGGAGGCCGGGCUUGUCACAGGGCGCGGCCACCACCUGUGCCUGCUCCUCUCUGGCCUCCGUGGCCCUCUUUGCGCCCCUCCCCAGAGAGAGGCACCUUCACAGCGGGUCGGGGCCCGGGCUUGGUCCCCACACUCUGUGCGAUGAUUUCUGUGAAAUUUUGCUGUAGCGAUGACGUUGUUUUCAGGAUUUCCGAGAGUUCUGUCUGUUCCGUUUUUUAUUCAGAAUGAAAUGAAAUAUUUUUUUUA